AUGCUGCUUAGUUUCACUGUCCUCAGAGUGGCUCUUUGCGCCCAUAUCGUCGCAUCCCUAGCCACAACCGUCCCUCACGAUACUUCAGAUGACUACUUCGACUGGACACUUGUGCAGCCUUCUACGGAGUUGAAGUACGUCCAAUGCUACGGGAGCUUCGAAUGCGCCAGGUUGGAGGUCCCUCUUGACUGGACCAACCGGUCCAAUCCAAAUCGAGUCUCCAUUGCGAUUGUACGCCUCCCGGCCGUCGUCGAUGUAUCCGACGAGUCAUUUGGCGGCACAAUCAUAAUCAAUCCAGGUGGCCCCGGCGGAUCUGGAGUCGACAUUCUCUUGAGUUCAGCGAGAUCACUCCAAAGCGUGGUCGACUCCCACAAGCAUUUUGAGAUUCUCUCAUUUGAUCCCCGGGGAAUGAAGUUCUCGACCCCCUCCACGGCAUGUUUUACAUAUGACAUUUAUCGGACUGCUGUGGAGGCACUCGCCCUAGACGUUGGGGAUAUAGUGUCAGAUCAUCAGGCGUUCAACGCCAAAUGGAACAUCGACAAAGGACUUGGCCAACUGUGCUCUGAAGCACGGAAUGGUGACUUUGGCGACGGCACCAACAUGCACCAAUUCGUCAGCACUGCUCUCGUGGUGCGUGAUAUGGUGGAGAUAAUCGACCAAGUCGACAUUCAUCUGUCAAAGAAGCUCAGGAGUUCGAAAGCGACAUCUCCAUCAAACAGCCAGAUCCCUCUUCGAGACGAGGACCGACACGUCCCACUACUCAACUACUGGGGCUUGAGCUACGGGACAUACCUUGGGAAUACGUUCGCGUCCAUGUUCCCCGAGCGAAUCGGCCGAAUGGUCCUGGACGGCGUCGUCGAUGCAGAUGAUUAUGCCGCAACAGGAUGGACGACCAAUUUGCAGGACAACAACCAAACGUGGACAAAGUUCUUUGAAUACUGCUUCGAGGCGGGCCCCAAAUGCGCCCUGUUCGAUGCAACCGCCACACAUCACGUCGACAUUCAAACCAAGGUCGAAGCCUUCCUCUUUGGCUUGAUCGACGACCCAAUGCCAGUCCUGCUGAACGGGAACCUGGCCAUGAUCACCUACCACCUGCUCAAAGCCAGCAUCCACUUGGCCCUGUACUUUCCGAGCGACUACUGGCCAAGGUUGGCUGCCAGUCUACGUGUACUGAUGGACGGGGAUGCACAGGGAACCUUUUCUCUUUUCGAUUUCGCAGAGACGUUUCAUAAUGCGUCAUCCGGUGAUUUCGUGCCCUCCAUAACACCCUGGCAGUCAAUUCACCCGCUCCCUGGACGCCAGAUAGGUCCCGUGUCCGAACCAUACGUGCCGGGCUACGCGUGGCAGCUUGAGGCAAGCGUCUCUGUAUUGUGUGGUGACGGCGACGACAUCACAUCGCUUUCUAAAGAAAGGUUCACGGAGCGUGUCAAGCUACUGCAGUCUCAGUCACGUAUCGUCGGACCUCUGUGGGCGGAGAUAACCAUGCACUGCGUGCACUGGCCUGCGUCGGUCCGACCGGCGCCCAGAAAUCGGUUCACGGGGCCUUUUGGUUCGAAUCUCAGCGACUAUGACCCGCGAGCGAGUCCGUUGCUCUUCAUCGGCAACACCGCAGACCCUGUCACGCCGGUCCGCAACGCCGUCAAGAUGUCUGAAAAGCACGAAGGAAGCGUCCUGCUGACCCAGGACGUCCCUGGACAUUGUUGCGGUACCGGGAACUCCGGUGCCUGCGCACAAGGGAUUCUGAAAAACUUCUUCGCCAACGGCACAUUGCCUGCCCCUGGUAUAGUGUGCCGAGAUGUUCGGGGACCCUGGGAUUGA